AUGGACAUGGCGCUUACGUUCUUGACUUGGGCCGGGGAUUCUGAAGGAGCUUCCAUGCCGAUGAGCUCGGACGGGCUCAGUUGGUCGUCUUUGGUCUCUGGGGAGGCGAGUUCCCUGGACCGAGAGUCGAUCACAACGCAGUCGUAUUCUGACACGGCGACCAUGACCAGAGAAGGCAUGAAGAGAUACGCGUGCCGCACCAGUCUCAUCAUCAAUAGGACACUCACCAAGCUGCAAGACCCCAUUCUCAUUGAUGAGUGCUCCUCUCUUGUCACGGACUUGGCUCUUUUUGUGGGCGAUGCUUACCCGGCCCUCUACGAUGAGGUCCAAGUGUACAAUAUAGUCUCCGACCCAACGGAGCAAGAGAACCUUGAGCGUUUUUGA